AUGAAGCCUGCAAAGCUGCACUAUUGGGUUCUGGGUUGGUUUUCUAUGGCAUUAUGUGGUUGGUGUACUUCAGAUAAAUUCACUCAAAGUGACAACCACCCUCAUACCUGGAAGAAGCUGUAUCUUGUUCAUCAUUGGCCAGUGACUGUAUGUAAGAUGAGUGCUAAUGAUUGUGAACACCCUCCAGAGUACUGGACAAUCCAUGGGCUGUGGCCUGACAAAACUGAAGAGUGUAACAGGACAUGGCAUUUCAAUGUCACUGAGAUUAAGGAUCUUUUAUCAGACAUGAGACACUAUUGGCCUGAUGUGCUUCAUUCGUCUCUGAAUCGCACCCAGUUCUGGAAACAUGAGUGGGAGAAGCAUGGCACCUGUGCAGCCAUGCUUCAGGUCCUUAAUUCUCAGAAGAAAUACUUCGGUAAAGCCUUAGAACUCUACCGUCAUGUUGAUCUCAACAGUUGUCUCCUGAAAGCCGGAAUAAAGCCAAGCAGUUCAUAUUACCAGAUGACUGCCAUAAAGGAAGCUCUUACAAGAUUUUACGGUGUCACACCAAAGAUCCAGUGUCUUCCUCCAGAAGAGGGUGAAAAAGCACAAACAAUUGGUCAGAUUGAAUUCUGCUUCACCAAAGAACUGCAGCUGAGAAACUGUACAGCACAGAAGGGUGAAUCUGACCCAAUGCCGGCUGACUUGGAGCUUGGAACUGAGGAAUUGUCUGUCUGCAGUGAUACUCUCCCAACAUACUAUCCUUCACAAGUUCAAGAUCACAGACGAAGCCAUAAGAGUUUGAAAAACUUCUUGAACA